AUGGCUAAACGUCUGGAACCCCUUCUUCCUAGGAUUAUUUCUGAAGAACAGGGUGCCUUUCAGAAGGGGAAACUGAUUCAUAACAACAUCAGUGAUGCAUCAGAGCUGGCCAACCUGAUGUUCUCUUCCACUAGAGGAGGUGGUCUUGGAUUAAAAAUAGACAUCAGAAAAGCCUAUGAUACUAUAUCCUGGCCUUUCCUUUUCCAAGUGUUGCGCCGAUUUGGUUUCUCAGAAACGUGGAUUACUUGGCUUCACCAGCUUCUGAUAUCGACUAAGAUAUCAAUCCUUGUCAAUGGAGGUCCGCAGGGUUUCUUCGGCAUGGAGCGUGGGUUGAGGCAAGGGGACUCCAUUUCCCUGAUGUUGUUUAUUAUAGUGGAAGAAGUCCUUACCAGAGGCCUAUCGAGGCUAGUUCAGGAAAACAAUUUGAAGACGAUUCAUGGCCCCAGAGGCUUCCCUACCCCUGCACAUAUUCUCUUUGCCGAUAACAUAUUUAUCUUCUCCAAUGCUUCUUCAAGGUAUGUUUGUAAUUUAAGAGAUUUUUUGUUAAAGUAUCACGAGUUCUCUAGACAGUCUAUUAAUUUUGAGAAAAGCAAACUUUUCCUUGGCAAAAUUGCUUCGAGCUGCAAGCAAUCCAUCGAUGCGACCCUUGGAAUCCCAAUUUGUAACUUCACUACUCGAUACCUUGGGGUGGAGAUUUUCAAGGGUAGAGUUAAAAAAGAAGCUCUGUUGCCGGUCAUGGACAGAAUGAAGGGUCGGCUUGCAGGAUGGAAAGGGAAGCUUCUAUCGAUGGCAGGAAAAGUGGAGUUGGUUCGCUUUAUGAUUUCUAGUAUUCCUAACCACAGUUUUGCAGUGUACUGGUGGCCUUCCUCUCUCCUUACCACUAUGGAGAGAUGGAUGAGAAAAUUUAUCUGGUUAGGGGUGCUGAAUACUUCGAAGGCUAUCACAGUGAAGUGGGACGCCUUAUGCAAGCCUAAGAAGGAAGGGGGAUUGGGGAUCAGGAGACUUAGAGAUACGAACAAGGCUUUACUUGGUAAACUAGUAUGGAGAAUGAAGCAUGAAAAGUUAGCAGCAUGUUCUUUCCUCAGAGCACGUUUUGUCAAGAAGGAAGGGCUCUUUAAUAAGGGAUGCCGGCCUUCCUCGAUUGCCAUGGGCAUCAAAAAGAUGUGGGAUUUUGUGAACCAAAACGAGAGAUAG